AUGGCCAAGGGCAAAGGAAAGAGCUCCUCCGGAGCAAAUGCAGUCCCAGUGGCUGACUCCAAGUCUGCUGGGGAAUCUCUUCCCCAGCUUGAGGAGGGUGCAUUUGCUGGUCUGCGACAGAGAAUCGAACAAAAGUUGAAGGACGAGCAGGCUGCCAAACAACACAAGUCGAAGAACAAGAAGAACCAGAAUGUGGACAAAGCUACGCCGAAGAAGGAGAAUGAAGCUGGUCCGAAGUUCGAACCGAAGCGUGAAAUCAAGAGCGAUAAGAACAACAAAGGCAAGAAACGUGACCGCAACGGAGAAGUGAUCGCCAGGGAAGAGAAGAAGGACGGUGGAAAAGAGGAUGACACUUUACGCCAGGAAAUUUUGGCACUUGGUGGUACCGAAGAAGACUUUGAUUUGCUGGCGGGCGUUGAUUCCGAGUCUGAAGUGGAAGUCGCACAAGAGACACAAAAGAAGUCCAAGAACAAGUCUGAGGAGGAUUCGCUCCGAAAUGAAUUAUCCGCAAUGCUAGCUGCUGCUGGUCAAGUUGUGCCCGAUGACAUUGAAGACGAGGACGAGGUGACUGGCGCAUCUGGCUCAGAGAGAGAGGAGGAGGAGGAAGAAGACGACGUUCAGCAGAGCGAGGACGGCGAUCAGUCAGAAGCCGAGAAGGCCUCUUCGGCACCAGUUGCCAAAAAAGCCGAGCCUCCCAAGAAGGAGAAGGCCAAAGAGACAGCCCCCGAGAAUAUUUUCCCAAAAGAAUUCUCGAAACUAACCAUCCCUCCCAGGUCUGACUGGUAUGCGACGGUCCUCCCUCCAAUUCCAUCAACCACGAAACAAGCAAAUACUUUGGCCCGCCACGUGGUGGAACGCGUUCACAAUUAUGCCAUCUCACUCCUUGAGAAGGAGAGUAAGAUGUACUCGGAAGCGCAACAGGCAUCGGCCUCUUCCUCUCACAAAUUCUACACCACCAUCAUGUCGACCGGUACCCUCAGCGACAAGAUUUCAGCUUUGACGCUUGCCGUGCAAGAGUCGCCAGUGCACAACACCAAGCAACUUGAGAAUUUGAUUGGUCUGGGCAAGAAGCGCAGUCGUGCUCAGGCGGUGGAAGUUCUGAGAUCGCUGAAGGAUAUGUUCGCUCAGGGUACAUUGCUUCCUAGUGAUCGGAGAUUGAGGACUUUUGGAAACCAGCCAGGCCUCAUGGCAGCAUUCCAAGGAGCUGGAAGCAGGUGGUCGGAAGGUGACCCUCUUCCUGGAGGUUUGCAAAACAGCCAUCUCAUCAUGUGGGCAUAUGAAAACUGCCUGAAGGACCAAUACUUUGAGGUUCUGAAGAUCUUGGAAGUGUGGUGCAAUGACGAGAUUGAGUUCUCGCGCUCCAGAGCUGUGAGUUAUGUCUAUGAGCUGCUGAAGGAAAAGCCCGAGCAGGAAGCAAACUUGUUGCGGUUGCUGGUCAACAAACUCGGCGAUAAGGCCAAGAAAAUCGCCUCGAGGGCUUCUUAUCUGCUUCUGCAACUUGAGCAAGCUCAUCCUUUGAUGAAACCAACCAUCAUCAAGUCGGUUGAAGAGGUCCUCUUCCGGCCGGGCCAGAGCCAGCACGCCAAAUACUACGCUAUCAUCACCUUGAACCAGACCGUUCUUAGUCUGAAGGAGGAGAGUGUUGCCGUUCAGCUCUUGGAUACAUACUUUGCGCUCUUUGUUUCUCUCCUGAAGCCUGUCAAGGAUGGUAAAGGCAAGAAUCAAGGCAAGUUCGGUAAGGGUAAGAAGGGCAAAGGAAAGGAGGAUCUGGCAAAGAGUCAAGCACAGGAAGAAGAAAUGCGCGACAAGCUUGUUUCUGCAGUCUUGACGGGUGUUAACCGAGCUUAUCCUUUCACGAGCUCAGAUUCUGACAGACUUUCCAAACACAUCGAUACCCUUUUCCGUAUCACGCACUCUUCCAACUUCAACACUAGCAUCCAAGCUCUGAUGCUGAUCCAACAACUCACCUCAUCUCAUCAAGUGGGUGCUGAUCGCUUCUACCGAACCCUAUAUGAAUCACUUCUCGACCCACGAGUUGCCACUUCCUCGAAGCAGUCGCUAUACCUCAACCUGUUGUUCAAGGCUUUGAAGAACGAUUUGAACCUCCGACGGGUCAAGGCCUUUGUCAAGCGGAUCGUACAAGUCCUUGGUCUGCAUCAGCCGGCUUUCAUUUGCGGUAUCUUCUAUCUUAUCCGCGAGCUGGAGAAGACUUUCACCGGUAUUCAGGCUUUGUUUGAUCAACCAGAGGAUAACGAAAGCGAUGAUGAAGAGGUGUUCAGAGACGUGCCUGAUGAGGAUGAUGAGGAGCAAGCUCAACCUGCAGUUCUCGAAGAUAAGCAACAGAAGCCUUCAAACCGAUACGAUCCCCGCAAGCGGGAUCCGGAACACAGCAAUGCUGACAAGACUUGUCUGUGGGAAUUGCUACCGUACUUGUCUCAUUUCCAUCCGUCUGUGUCAGUCAAUGCCGCCCACCUGCUGGACCACCGCCCGAUGAGCGGAAAGCCAGACAUGACAAUUCACACAUUGACACACUUCCUUGACCGCUUCAUCUACCGAACCCCCAAGGCCUCCGCAAUUACCCGUGGUGGCUCAAUCAUGCAACCUCUCGCUGGUAGCGACGCGAAGGACCGGCUUGUGGUUGCCGCCACAGGUAGCCAGGAUCUUCCACUCAACUCUGAGUUAUUCUGGAAGACGAAGACCGAGGAUGUGGCAGCGGAAGAUGUUUUCUUCCAUGAAUACUUCAGCCGAGUUGGAAAGAGCAAGGACAAGGCCCAGAAGAAGAAGGCCAAGGAGGCCGGGGCGCGCGAUGAAGAGGACGCAGAAGGACUCAGUGAUGCUGAAUCGGAGAUCUGGGAAGCCCUUGUCAAGUCGCGGCCUGACUUGGAGGAUGCCGGCGAUAGCGACGAUGAUCUCGACCUGGAUGAUCUCGAAUCCGCCUAUGAUCAGGACGAGGACGAGGAGGCUGCCGAGAGCGACGAUGAAGUCAUCUUCAACGACGAGUCCGACGAAGAAAUGGAAGACCUCGAUGCUGGCGCAGAGUCCGAAGCUGAGGAGCCGCCUACCAAGAGCAAGACCAAGGGCAAGAAGGAGGAGGAAGAGGAAGCCCUGGACGAGGAGGACGAUUUCGACAUGGAUGUGUCGGACGAGGAAGCAUUCGUCGGAAGCGACGAGGAGCUCCCGUCCGAUAUCGAGCUUGGGGGCGUGGAGCUGCCCAAGGAGGACGAGGCAUCUGGUCGGAAGAAGAAACGCAAGCUCAAGCACCUGCCAACAUUUGCAUCAGCGGACGACUAUGCAGCCUUGCUGGCCGGGGAGGACGAGGGGAUGUGA